CUGUGCGUGUGUUUACAUCAGCGCGUCUCUCUACAUGUUCCACUUUCAUUUCGGCGUAAAGCUACAAGCGCGUCGGUGUUAAUUCAGCCCGAACUCGGGAUCCUUUCUGUUCUAACGGAGGCGAGUCGGAAUCUCAGGCGCGUGUGUGUGUGUGUGUGUGUGUGUGUGUGUGUGUGUGUGUGUGUGUGUGUGUGUGUGUGUGUGUGUGUGUGUGUGAGUGAGAGUGUGUGUGAGAGUGUGUGUGUGUUUAAUCGGCGUCAUGGAGGAGCUGGCGGUGGAAGUACGAGGAGCGAGCGGUGCUUUCUACAAGGCUUUGUUGAAGGACGUGCAUGAAGGCACAGUGACCGUCACCUUCGAGAACAACUGGCAGCCGGAGCGACAGAUCCCCUUCCACGACGUCCGGUUCCCUCCUCCGCCCGGAGUCCAGAGAGAGAUCAACGAGAGCGAUGAGGUGGAGGUGUACUCGAGGGCCAACGACAAGGAGCCGUGCGGGUGGUGGCUGGCCAAAGUGCGCAUGGUGAAGGGCGAGUUUUACGUGAUCGAGUACGCGGCGUGCGACGCCACGCUGAACGAGAUCGUCACGCUGGAGCGGCUGCGACCCAUCAACCCCAACAAGGCCACCACCAAGAACACCUUCCUGAAGAUCACACUGGACGUCCCGGAGGAUCUGCGGCAGAUCUGUGCUAAAGAAUCGGCGCACAAGGACUUUAAGAAGGCGGUGGGAGCGUUCAGCGUCUCGUACGACUCCGAGAAGAAGCAGCUGGUGAUACUGUCGGUCAACGAGGUGACGACCAAACGGGCGAGCAUGAUGACGGACAUGCACUUCAGGAGCCUGCGCACCAAGAUGUCGCUCAUGCUGAGGAACGAGGAGGCCAGUCGGCAGCUGGAGAGUUCCCGUCAGUUGGCGUCGAGGUUCCACGAGCAGUUCGUGGUGCGCGAUGACCUGAUGGGUCUGGCCAUCGGCACACACGGUGCCAACAUCCAGCAGGCCCGCAAAGUGCCCGGGGUCACCAACAUCGACCUGGACGAGGAGACCUGCACCUUUCACAUCUACGGAGAGGACCACGAUGCCGUGCGGAAGGCCAGGAGCUUCCUGGAGUUUUCGGAGGAUGUUAUUAAGGUGCCCAAAAAUUUAGUAGGAAAGGUCAUUGGGAAGAGCGGUAAGGUGAUCCAGGAGGUGGUGGAUAAAUCCGGCGUGGUCCGAGUAAGAGUGGAACCAGAAAACGAGAAGAAACCAACAACGCUGGACGAGGGCAUGGUGCCGUUCGUCUUCGUCGGGACGAAGGAAGCCAUCUCGAACGCUCACCUGCUGCUCGACUAUCAUCUCAACUACCUGAAGGAGGUGGAUCAGUUGCGGAUGGAGCGGCUGCAGAUCGACGAGCAGCUCAGACAGAUCGGCGGGGGACCCAGAGCUCCGUCCGGCCGGCCGGAUAAAGAGAAGCCGUUCGGCUCCGAUAACGGCAUGGGCCACCCGCGAGGGGGUAGACCGUUCGGCCGAGGCGGGCGAGGACGACGGGGGCCCGGCUUCGCCUCGGGCACCAACUCCGAAGCGUCGAACGCGUCCGAGACCGAGUCGGACCACAGAGAGGAGCUGAGCGACUGGUCUCUGGCCCCCACCGACGAAGAGUCCAUGGGAUACAACAAGCGAGUACCGGACGCACGCAAGAGGGGCGGCGGAGGCCGGGGCAGAGGAGGACGAGGACGGGGAGGAUACAAAGGUGAGGACGUGCACUGGAGCGACUCGCGGCCCCGGAACACCAGAGACUCCAAGCCGCGCCUUCAGGAGGAUUCACUACAGAUUCGUGUGGACAGCAAUAACGAGAGGAGCGUCCACACCAGCCGAGGCCCCCCGGGGCCCGCCGCAGACUCCGGCCCCGGCAGGCAGAGGAACGUCAAGGAGCGAGUAGGGAUCAGGAAAGACAAGCAGGACGGCGCGGACGGCCCGGUCGUGUUGAACGGCGUGUCUUAAACAAACGACCCGAGCCGAUCCGAAUCCCCGACGUCCCCGGCGCCCGACUCCACCGAUCCUGAAGCUUCUUUCAUUAGAGACUCGUUAUAGGCCGAAGAGAAGCAGGCUUCCAGCUUUGAACAUCAACUGAUCAAUCAGCACCCAGCCCUACAGGUCCUGUCAUGUUUUGACUGUCUGGGCACAAAUUCCCACAGACGUACUCCAAAGUCCUGUGAGAAGCUUCUCAGAAGAGCGGCUGUCGUUGUAGCUGCUCAUGGGGGCAAAGCGUCUCCAGAACCCAAAAUUGUGGGCACCUGUUCCUAAUAAACUGCUCGUGUAAGACUGCAGCACUUCAGUUCAACUUUCCCUUCUGAUUGUUGAAUUUGUCCUUCAGGCUUCCAGCUUUAAACAUCAACCCGAUCAAUCAGUUCCCAGUCAUACUAAUGCUGUCAUGUUUUGACUGAACAGGCACAAAUUCCCACAGACGUACUCCAAAGUCCUGUGAGAAGCUUCUCAGAGGAGCGGCUGCUGUUCUAGCUGCUUAUGGGGGCAAACUGUCUCCAGAACCCUAGUUUAGGGGCACCUGUUCCUAAUAAACUGCUCGUGUAAGAGCACAGCACUCUAGUUCAAUUUUACCUUUACUGUAUAUGGCAAAAGUAUUGGGACGCCCCUUUCUAAUUUUUGAAUUUGUGCUUCAGGCUUCCUGUUGCUUUGCAGCAACAGUUUAGGGAAGGUCUGUUCCCGUUUAAGCAUGACCGUACCCCUGUGCACAAAGCAAAGCUCUAUAAAGAGUUUUGGGAUGAACCGGAACAUCAACUGUUAUACAAAUGCUGCCAUCUUUUGAGUGAAUGGGCACACAUCCCCACAGACGUACUCCAAAGUCCUGUGAGAAGCUUCUCAGAAGAGCGGGCGGGUGUCGUUCUAGCUGCUCAUGGGGUCAAAACGUCUCCAGAACCCUAAAAUGUGGGUGCCUGUUCCUAAUAAACUGCUCGUGUAAGAGCGCAGCACUUCAGCUCAACUUUUCCCCAAGAACUGCUAAUUGAUAUGCUUCUAGCUUUGCAGCAACAGUUUAGGGAAGGCCUGUUAUCGUUUAAGCAUGACUGUGCGCAAAGCAGAGCUUUAUAAAGAGUUUUGGAAUGAACUGGAACAUCAACUGAUCAGUCACAAUAUGACAGCAUUUGUGUGGCUGGGCGCUGGACUCAACGGGAACAAAUCCCCACAGACGUACUCCAAAGUCCUGUGAGAAGCUUCUCAGAAGAGCGGGUGUCGUUCUAGCUGCUCAUGGGGGCAAAACGUCUCCAGAACCCUAAAUUGUGGGCGCCUGUUCCUAAUAAACUGCUCGUGUAAGAGCGCAGCACUUCACUUCAACCUUUCCUUGAGCAGAGACCCAAACUUUAUAUGGACAAAAGUAUUUGGACGCCCCUUCUAAUUGUUGAAUUUGUAUCUAAGGCUUCCAGCUUUAAACAUCAACCUGAUCAAUCUGUUCCCGGCCAUACAAAUGCAGUCAUGUUUUGACUGUCUGGGCACAAAUUCCCACAGACGUACUCCAAAGUCCUGUGAGAAGCUUCCCAGAAGAGCGGGUGUCGUUCUAGCUGCUCAUGGGGGCAAAACGUCUCCAGAACCCAAAAUUGUGGGCGCCUGUUCCUAAUAAACUGCUCGUGUAGAGCGCAGCACUUCACUUCAACUUUCCCCUCAUGUGGCAAAAGUAUUGGGACGCCCCUUCUAAUGACUGAAUUCGUGUUUCAGCCACAACAGUCGCUAACGGCUGUAAUAAAUCGAUCAUGUAAAGGAAAAGUCGUGCCUACGACUUUGUCCAGCGUGACUUGUGAAGCCGCACUGAUCAGCUGAAUGGUCACAAAUUCCCGCUGUGAGAAGCCCGGUCCGUAUUUUUAACCAUAUGGUGUACUCCUGUCGUCCUCUUAUUACCUUGUCAUGAGAAACGAGCAUGAUGCAUGUGCAGAACCUCACGUCUGUUUGUUUUUUUGGGGGUGAUUUUCAUGAGCAGUAGGUUCCAGAGUCCUGGUCAAAAUUCCUUCAGUUUUUUUUCUUUCUCCACGUUUCUGGGCGUGUCCUAAUAUUUACGACGAAGCGGGGCGUGUCUCAUUACACGUUGGGUCUGUAGGUGAUCGGAGACUGUCCGGUCGGUCCGGUGCCGUCAGUACACGUGUGUUUGGGUCAGAAGUUUACAUACACUUGUUCUUUUGUUCUGUGGCUGAAUAAUUAAAAAUCACUUUGUCACAAGUGUGAGUUUCUUACUGAGUUUAUUUUAUGGUUGUGUACAUUCAGCAGCUUCGGGGGCUCGGGUUCGGAUCUCGGAGGUGCACUUGUACUUGUAAGUGCAGGUCCCAAGCCCGGAUGCGAUAAGGAGGGUUACAUCAGGAAGGGCGUCACCUCUUCUAAUUAUUGUAUUUAUGUUUUUCAGCCACAACUGUCACAGGUGUAAUAAAUAUAAUAUAUAAAUAUAUAUCAUAUAAGGGAAAUCACAUGCUGCCAACUUUGCAGCAACAGUUUAGGGAAGGUCCUUCCCAGUUCCAGCAUCAGCAAGCUCUGUAUAGACAUGACGAACUCCAGCGUCCUGCACAGAGCCCUGAACUCAGCACCACUCAACAGCUCCGGAACGAACCGGAACCUUGACUGAUGGAUCAGCACCCAGUCGUACCGACUAAAUGGGCACAGAUUCCCACAGACAUACUCCAAAGUCUUGUGAGAAGCUUCUCAGAAGAGCGGCUUUUGUUCCAGAUGACGAGAUCACACACAGGUUGGACGUCCGAUAAGCUCAUGGUCAGGCGUCCGAAUACUUUUGGCCAUAUACUGAUAUACUCUUCAAGUGGUGUAGGCACCUACGCCUUCAAUCGGCCAAAAAAAGGAAGAAGUUGUAGCUUAGCGGUUAAGGUACUGGACUAGUAAUGAAAAAGUCGCUGGUUCAAACCCCAUCACUACUGGACUGUCACUGUUGGGCCCUUGAGCAAGGCCCUUAACCCUUAAUUGCUCAGACAGUACACUGUCACACACAGAAAUGUCCUCUAAAUGCCGAAAAUGUUUGAUUUUCUCUCCGAGUCUCUCGCACUUAAUGAGACAUUGAUGCUGUGAGGCUGAGGGCUAACACGUGCUUCCUCCGACACACGUCCAGCCAGCCAGAGCACAUUUUGAACAGAUUCUCGGGUCACUCGGAGGUCAGUAAGCAUGGACAAACACUCUCACGACGGCUCAUAUUUAGUGUCGUUUUGAGAAACGGCGGGAUGGGAAGGACGUCGCUCUCUUGGACUCCUGGAAACAAGCAGCUUAUUGGGGACAGAAACGUCCUGCCCCAACCUGCACCGGACGGUGAUUAUAAAACCACGUUUGUUGCGACUAGUGCAGUGGUUUCUUCUGUGCUUAUUUUAAGUUUGUGACCUGGAAAUACGGUCUUCUGCAAAAGUUUGCGGACACCCCCUGAUUUGGAUUUCUACAUCGUCAUUUCUACAUGCAUUUUUCCAGCGUCGUACCAACUUCUUAAUGCCGUCACCAAAAAAACAUUUUGGUUGAGCUCGUAGCCGCUGAUGCGCCGCUGCUUUCACAUCAUCAUCACAUGAAAAUCUUCUUCCCCUUAAAGCUUCUUUCAGCCUCCAAAAAGGUGGAAAUCAGACAGAGCUAAAUCCGGACUAUAAGCGUCUCUCAGACACGAGCGAUUACGACGCCUCCUACUACACAGCUUAUAACCAAAAUAUACAAGUGAGGAAACUUUUUGAACAUCCCUCGUAGUUCCCCCAGUAGAUCUGGUCCUGAAUUGCUUACCAGACUCGGUACAGUUUUGACACCGGAUGCCCUUUCUGACCCGACCCUCCUAUUUCCAACCGGACCUGCACCUCAUAACAUAUCUGUUAGUCCUGAAACAGACAAAACAUCUGAUGAAGUAUAUAAUCCGAAAUGGCUCGUAGCCACUGAUGCGUCGCUUGUUUCACAUCAUCAUCACAUGAAAAUCUUCUUCCCCUUAAAGCUUCUAUGAGCAUCUGAAAAGGUGGAAAUCAGACGGAGCUAAAUCCGGACUAUAAGCGUCUCUCAGACAACCGAUUCCUUCUCCUACUGCACCCUCACCGCUUAUAACCAACAUAUAAAAGUGAGGAAAGUUUUUGAAGAUCCCUCGUAGUUUGUUCUGUUCUUCAGAUGUCGCCACAGUGGAUCUGGUUCCUCGACCCUCCUAUUUCCAUCCGGGCUUGGGACCUGCACUGUCAAGUGCACCUCAUGACGACCAGGCGGUUCCACCCCCAUUAGCCGAUCAUGAUAGCACAGCUGAGAUUCGAACCCUAGAAACCCCAGAUCUCGGCGGUAGUGAGCCAGCAUGCUUUACCAUUUCAUUGUCGUGACCCUUGCAGAACUUUUGCACCCGAUUGUAUUUAUUUUAUUAGUCUGUUCGUCUAUUAGUCCCUGUAUCCUCCUGUAUUUGUGACGGAACAGACGGGGUUCUGUCUCGACACUGUUUGGUUAGAGUGUAAAAUAUUUUCUAUGUGAGCAGUUUCAGUAAAUAAAGCUCGAUUUUUCCCUGCAAA